AUGUCUGCAAAACUCGCGCAAACUCUAAAGCAGCCGGCGCUGGACUUUCUGUCCUUUGUCAAUGCUUCCCCGACCCCCUUCCAUGCAGUCCAGUCCGCCCGCGAUCUUCUGGCCAAGGCUGGCUUUCAAGAAAUCAAGGAAAAAGAUUCGUGGGCUUCCACCUGUCGACCCGGCGGGAAGUACUACCUGACCCGUAAUGGCUCUACUAUCGUCGCUUUCGCUGUUGGCAAGAAGUGGAAACCGGGAAAUGCCAUUGCCAUGAUCGGUGCCCACACGGAUUCCCCAGUGCUGCGCAUCAAGCCGGUAAGCAACAAGCGUGGGGAAGGCUUUGUCCAGGUGGGCGUCGAAACAUAUGGAGGAGGCAUUUGGCACACAUGGUUUGAUCGCGACUUGGGAGUCGCAGGACGGGCUAUGGUCCGCACUGGUGACGGCUCUAUUGCGCAGAAGUUGGUCAAGAUUGAUCGCCCAAUUCUUCGAAUCCCAACUCUGGCCAUCCAUCUCGAUCGCCAGGAGACGUUCUCGUUCAAUAAAGAAACCCAGCUAUUCCCUAUCGCGAGUCUGGUGGCCGCUGAGCUCAACCGGACGGGUGCCUCCAACAGUGAUGACAAGGAUGCGAAAGCAGAAGAAGGGGAAAAGGGGGAGUUCUCUCCUCUGAAGUCGAUCACUGAGCGCCACCACCCCUACCUCGUGGAACUCAUUGCGGCCGAGGCAGGAGUCAAGCCAGUUGACAUCCUUGACUUCGAAAUGAUUCUGUUCGAUACCCAAAAGUCGUGCUUAGGCGGUCUACUUGAGGAGUUCAUCUUCUCUCCGCGCUUGGACAACCUUAACAGCUCCUUCUGUGCCACCGUGGGACUCAUCGACUCGGUCGCGGAGGCAACCGCGCUGGAUGAUGAACCGUCCAUCCGCCUCAUUGCGCUGUUCGACCACGAAGAGAUCGGCAGCCGCACUGCACAAGGAGCCGAUUCUAACGUGCUUCCCGGGAUCAUCCGUCGUCUGUCCGUGCUGCCUUCACCGGCUGCGGGCAAUGCCGACCUAGCCACUGCCUACGAGGAGAGCCUGUCGACAUCUUUCCUCCUCUCAGCAGACAUGGCACACGCGGUGCACCCCAACUAUGCGGGUAAAUAUGAGUCAGGUCACCGGCCUGAAAUAAACAAGGGGCCCGUGAUCAAGAUCAAUGCCAACGCGCGUUAUGCAACCAACUCUCCGGGCAUUGUCCUGCUCCAGGAAGUUGCCCGGAAGGCGGCCGACGACGGUGGAGGAGUCCCGCUCCAGCUGUUCGUUGUCCGCAACGACUCCAGCUGCGGGAGCACCAUUGGUCCAAUGCUGUCCGCAGCGCUGGGUGCUCGUACACUGGACCUGGGGAACCCUCAACUAAGCAUGCAUAGCAUCCGGGAGACCGGGGGUACCUACGAUGUGGCCCAUUCCAUCCGCCUGUUCUCCAGUUUCUUCAAGCACUACUCCCAGACAUCCCAGACGAUCUUUGUUGACUAG